AUGGACGAACUCAUCAAGUUACUCGCCAAUGGCGAAGAGGUCACUGACGUGGAUGAGGAAUCAUUUCUCCUCUUCGCACAAGACAUCGCAAGCAACAACCUAGGGAUGCUCAAUCCCCGUGCAUCAUCAGUAGAGAUCUCUAUCAAUGACAAUGAAUACAUAAUCUAUCAAUCACCGUCAUUACUAUCCUCUCAUCGAGCGGGAGGUACUACAGGCGCCGUUCUAUGGAAAAUCACCCCUCUCUUCGCAGAAUGGGUAACCAACCCCUCAAAUCCGCUCUGGACAACCGCCUUCCUCGGCCAAGCCUCAACUGUAGUCGAACUCGGCACUGGGAUCUCAGCUCUAGUCGCGCUCGUGCUGGCGCCCUCUGUGCACCACUACAUCGCCACAGACCAAGAAUACGUGCGCAAGUUGUUCCGAACGAACCUUGACGCUAACACGUCCGUCUCUUCUAGCAACAGCAGCAACAAAUCAAAAGGCAAGAGCAAGGGAUCCAAAUCAUCCAAAUCAAAGCCAACAUCAUCUCCUGCCAAGCCUGUAGAUAAUAUUUCCUUCGCAGCUCUGGACUGGGAGACUGACCAGGCCACUUCACUGAAAGAAUGUGUGGAUCCCGACGACGUUCGGGCCAAAGAUGCAGAGGAAGAAGAAGAUCGAGGCUUCGACCUCCUCCUUUCCUGUGACUGCAUCUACAACGAAGCACUCGUGGCACCGUUUGUUCGCACCUGCGCCGAGAUUUGUCAAUUGCGGCCAGCAUAUGUGGCUGGUUCGGAGGAACAGAGCUCGCACCGCAAGCCGACUGUUUGCAUUGUCGCGCAACAGCAGAGGUCGCCUGAUGUGUUUGAGACUUGGCUUAGGGAGACGAUGCGGGAGUUUCGGGUUUGGAGGUUGAGUGAUGAUGUGCUUGGGGAGGGACUGAGGAGUGGGUCUGGGUAUUUGGUACAUUUGUUAUUGGCGAAGCAUAAAUAG